AUGGAGAAGAAACACAUGAAGAUGGCCAUCCUGAGGCAAGAGCAGACAUUCAGACAACAGGUUCACGAGCUGCAUCGCGUAUACGAGGUUCAGAAGCGGCUGAUGAAGGAGAUGCAGGCUGUUAAGAUGAGCCCAGCUCAGGGAAGAGAGGAUACUCAACCAGAAUCGAUGAUGGAUACAGAUCGACCACAAUGGUACAUCAACUCAGGCGAGAAGACCGCUCGUUUCACCGAGGACUUCAACCUAGAGCUGACACUAGCAACUGGGGGUGAUACGAGGAAGCAAGAGAUGACAUCCAACUCCGAGUCUGGAGCAACGGUGACAUCGUCGACUUCUGCUGAAUCAGAGUCGGGGCAGCGAUUCCCCGAGUCCAAUGUAGAUCUGAGGUUUCAACAUGAGAGCAAGAGGCAUGAUCAGCUCACGCAGUCUCCCUGGCUCUACCAAUGUUUAAGUCUCAAGAUGGCUUAA